CAUCGGAAGUUGAUGCAUUAACAACUGAAAAUGCUAAUGAUGCUGAAAAAGAUAUUGAAGAUGAUAUUCAAAUUUAUGAUAAAUAUGAUGCUGUUCUUCAUGGUCCUUAUUAUUCGAAAAAAACAAAAUUUAUUAAUUUACGAUUUAUGAAAAAAUAUAUUCAUUUUGCUAAAGCACUUAAGCCACAAUUAACAAAAGAAGCAGCUGAUAUUAUCGUUGAAGAAUAUACACGUUUAAGAAAUCAAGAUUUAUCACAAUCAGAUAAUCAAGCACGAACUCAACCAAUUACUGCUCGUGCACUAGAAAGUAUGAUUCGUUUAGCAACAGCUCAUGCUAAAUGUCGUAUGUCAAAAACUGUUGAUCCUGAAGAUAGUGAAGUUGCUAUUGAUCUUGUACAAUUUGCUAUCUUUAAAAAGGUAUUAGAUAAAAAUAAACGUAAAAAAGAUUUACAAAAAAAACAAGCAAAUGAUGAUAAUGAUGAUGAUGAAGAAAUCGAAAAUGAUAAAGAAAAUGAUGAAGCUGAUAUGGAUACUGAAACAGUUCCUCCACCAUCGACACCUAAACGACGACGUCAAUCAUCAUCAACAGAUAUAGUUCCAACUGAAGUUGGUAGUGCUACAAAACGUGCUCGACGUCAAGGCCGAAAAGCAGCUGGUCAAGAUGAUGAUACACCCGUAAUAUCACAAAUAAAUAUUAGUGCUGAACGAUUAGAUGUUUUUAAAACACAUCUAUCAACAGUUAUUGAUCGACAACCAUCAGCAACUACUCAAGAAAUAUUUGAUUAUAUGAAACAACAUGAUGCAACUUUUACUGAAGAUGAAAUUCGAAUGGCUUUAGCUAAAAUGCAAGAUGAAAAUCAAAUAAUGUUAGCUGGUGAAAUUGUUAUUCGCAUUUAA